CACGCAUUUGCCAUGGUUAUCGAGCUCUUCACACCCAGCUCCAGUGGUACGAUCACCUUGGCCUCUACUGACCCACUGGAGAAUCCAGUCAUCGACCGCAACUUUCUCUCAGACCCAGAACGUCCAAGUUCUCAGUGAAGGCUGCAGACCGAGUAACGAAAUAGCACUGAAUGGAGCCGGGACAAAGUAA